CCAACACGCCACAAAUGGUCCAGGGUCCAAAACCUGGGAAACCGGAAGAGCCAGAUGAUGAAGAUGCCUUGCCAGAAUGGUUUGAUUAAGGCUCAACUUUCAUCGGUCAUUGAAGUUGGUCACUGACACCGAAGAGGGGACCCCUUGAGAGAACAGGGGAAAAUGAAGGGAAAACAAUAACAAUUAUGGGAGAGGCGUGGCGCCUGUUUCUUUCUGAAUCAGUGACCACUGACUGCCGACCUUUAAUUUAAGCUGGGCGCCAGAGUCCUAGCGUGCGAGAAGAUGGAUUUGGCGAUGAAGAUUCAAAAAGUGCUGUUAUGUUGGCUAUAGUACAAGUACUGGCUCAUCCUCCAUUUAACUUCUAAUAUGUAAGAAGUAUUGUUCCGGUUCCGGAGGUUCGAUACGUAGGAUUAACAACCUAGCCUUACCUCCAUGCAAGUACUGUGCUUUCUGCUUCAAAGCGUAUAGAUUUAGAUAGAGCGGCUUAUAAGUAAGUAGGCAGCGUCUCCAACUCCACAUCUAAUUCCCACAGUCGUAGGUGAGAGACGAGUACGAGGACUGACGGCGGACGUUCCGGCCUCUGCAAUAGGGCUGCAAAAGCAAGCUGCCAUGAAUCUAGCACAGAUUCGUGAAUUGGAGAAGGAAUUGAAAAAAGAAAAGCCGAAGCUUGCCGCGAAAGCCAGAGCGUUCCUACACCAAGAGGAGCGUCUGGCUAAAAGAGACCUAGAGCUUGGAGGUGAAGAGGAACUUAACUUAAGUCGCAGGUUCUACUACAGAUGAAGAUUAUAGUAGACAGAAAAUUUUACUGAUCAUAAGAGAAAACAGUUUGUAUCAUAAGGGAUUACUGUACAGAAAAAGUUUACUGCAUCAUAAGGGAAGAAGAUUACUGUACAGAAAAAGUUUGAUCAUAAGGAAAAACGAGUGGUACCUCGUCACGCAGCGAGUAGUUCCUCUUCACCUCCAAGUUCCAUGGUGGGGGUGAAGAGGAACUUCUUAACUUAAGUCUCUAAUUGUACAGAUGAAGAUUAUUGUACAGAGAGAAAAUUUAACUCAUUGCCGUGGUGGUUCUGACUGCUGGUUGCAUCAGGAUAUUAAUCUUUUUUCUCCAGCAUUUCCUCUACUACGUCCUCUACACUCUAGUACCUCUAGUACAGCAGUUGCUAGAUUCAUCAUCUCCUGAGACUAGGUGAUCGACGUGGAAACAAGAUGUUCUCGGAAUACUUCUAGCUCUAAUGACCAAGUUGCAAAGAGAAUUGGGCUUGCCUUCGGAAUCUGAAGUUGCUACGAUGAUCGGCAUGGUGGCAGGAAAGGGAGACGGCCAGCAGCAGCAGCAACCCGGUUCUUCAUCAUCAAACAGAUCGCAGCAGCAGCAGCAGCAGCGACGCGGAGACUCUUCAUCAUCAAACACAUCUUCCUCUCUGCGUCAGCACGCUAGGCCUGCAUCUUCGCAAGUUGGAGGUACUGCAACCAGAAGUGACGCGACAUCAACACGAAAAGGUAGCAGUAAGGGUGCACGCCCGCGAAGCGCGAGUGGGCCUGUUGCUGGGAAAGGGUACUUUAUCCAUUUUUUUUCAUCGACAGAUCUACAACCAAGACCAACAACUUUCCACCAGUUCCACCAGAAACAACUGCAGAAAACUUUCCUGGAAGCUCCAUAAGAUCCACUACCCCUACCACUACGAAAAAAAAGUAUUCAUAUUGUUACUAGGUCUGCGGCGUCUCCUUCCGUGA